CCAGAUUGUGGAGAACCUGUCUUUGAAUAUGUUCUGCGCUAGAGCUUUCCAAAUCCCAGCCGCAUAAGGACAGGAGAAGAAUAGAUGGUCCCUGGUUUACCACAAAAUCUCAACAAGCUUCAUUCUCCUAACUCUUUUCUUUUUUAGUUGUAGCCUGCAGAGAGUAACGAAGUUUAACGAUAACAAUGGCGACGGCUUCAGUUGCUUUUAAGUCUAGGAAAGAUCAUAGGAAGCAAAAGGAAUUAGAGGAAGCUCGUAAAGCCGGGCUUGCUCCGGCUGAGGUAGACGAGGGUGGAAAGGAAAUCAAUCUUCACAUACCUAAGUAUUUGACAAUUCCUCCAUUAUAUGCCAAGUCUGAAAAACCGAGCUUGAAGCAUCAAAAGAAUUGGAAAACUAAACCCGUUUCCACAACAUCAUAUUAUGACCGAGGUGCAAAGACUUAUCAAGCCGAAAAGUAUCGGAAAGGAGCGUGUCAAAACUGUGGUGCAAUGACGCAUGAUGUGAAAACAUGUAUGGAAAGACCUCGUAAGGUUGGUGCAAAAUACACAGACAAAAACAUUGCACCUGAUGAGAAAAUCGAGAGUCUUGAAUUUGACUAUGAUGGCAAAAGGGACCGAUGGAAUGGUUAUGAUCCUUCGUCUUAUUGUCAUGUGAGAGAUCGUCAUGAAGCAAAAGAGAAUGCACGAGAGAAGUACCUGAACGAGCAACAACUAAUUGCGAAACUAGAGGAGAAGAACAUUGAUGGAGAGGAAGAAGACUUAAGGGUUGAUGAAGCCAAGAUUGAUGAGAGCAUGCAGGUGGAUUUUGCAAAGGUUAAAAAACGUGUUCGAACAACUGAUGGUGGAAGCAAAGGAACUGUAAGGAAUUUGCGUAUCAGAGAAGAUCCUGCAAAAUACUUGUUGAACCUUGAUGUUAACUCAGCUUAUUAUGAUCCUAAAUCUCGAUCCAUGCGUGAAGAUCCGCUCCCAUAUACAGAUCCAAAUGAGAAAUUUUGUUUGAGAGAUAAUCAAUAUAGAAACAGUGGUCAAGCUAUAGAGUUCAAACAGCAAAACAUGUAUUCAUGUGAAGCGUUUGACAAAGGACAGGACAUACAUAUGCAAGCGGCUCCAUCUCAAGCUGAGUUGUGUUAUAAGAGGGUUAAGAUUGCAAAGGAAAAACUGAAUUCUCAGAGAAAGGACGCAAUCAUUGCAAAGUAUGGGGAUGCAGCUGCAAAAGAUGACAUUCCGAUGGAGCUUUUGCUUGGACAAAGUAAGUUGAUAAAGACUUCACAAGCCAACGGAAUCAAACUCGUCCCUAAUGUUUUUGUCAAUUUGUGCUUCCUUGUUUUUGUCUUCAUAUCUUGA